AUAAAUUCAACAUUACGUCUGUAGUUGGAACUAGUCUAUUGUGAAAAAUGCAAUCAAAAAAUAGUGAACAAUCAAAAACGGAAAUCGGAAAAAAAACUGGCCACACAUAUCUUCAAUGGAUUUUUGCUUUAUUGGCCAAUUGUACUCACAUGGCUUAUGGGUUGGAGUGUGGCUGGAUAUCGCCAACAACGCAUAAACUUCAAUCAGAAACUUCCCCGUCUGGUUACCCCCUCUCAGAUGGACAAAUUGCGUGGAUCGCUAGCUGCUUGAGCGCAGCGGCUACGUGUGUUGUUAUAAUGCAUUCUUAUAUAGCUGAUAUAUAUGGGAGAAAGAUAAAUAUUAUUAUUAUAGCUUUCUUGGAAGCGGUUUCUUGGAUAAUAAGAAUAUUCUGCACGUCUUUCACAAGCCUCAUCAUAGCAAGAGUAUGUGCUGGCAUAGCUGCAGGUGGCUGCUAUAAUGCCGUACCAAUGUACAUUAAAGAAAUCAGUCGAGACGACUUAAGAGGAAUUCUGUGCACUUUCUCCAUGAUAUUUCAAACUGUCGGUGUUUUCAUAAUGUAUUGUAUUGGAGCAUAUCUGAGUUAUUAUACAGUGAUCUAUGUGGCUGUGGGAUUACCAAUUUUGACGAUGUUGGGCAUGAUAUUUGCUCCCGAAUCUCCUGAGUUCCUAGUGAAGCAAGGAAAGAUUGAUAAAGCAAUAGAAACAGUGGCAUAUGUAAGAGGUCUUGAUAGAGAUGACGCAACUGUUCAGACGCUUGUGGAAACAAUGACGAAAGAUGCAGCUUAUUUUGAAUCUUUGCCGAAACUAACUAUUUUAAGUAUAUUGAAGAACAAGAUCUGGCGUCGUGGUUACAUACUCAUUAUGAUUGCCUUUACUUUUUACGAAAUAAACGGUGCAUUUGCUAUUAUAACUUAUGCGUCUAUAGUGAUAAAUUCAACAGGAAUUGAUUUUGUAAUCAGUCCAGAUAUACAAUCGCUAAGCAUUCCAAUAGUUAUGAUGAUUGGAUCUCUGACCCUCGCUUCUUGUAUCGAAAGAUUUGGAAGAAAACCACUUUUGGUUGGUGCAUACAUCGUCACAUCGUGUUGUAUGUUCGGCAUAGCAAUUAUAAUUGUCCUUAACAAUCAAAUUGGCGGUGUACCGGGUUGGCUUCCAAUACUUUUAAUGAUGCUGGUUGUCGCCAUGUACAGCGGCGGAGUUUGUCCAGUCAUAUUUAUAAUGUUGACAGAAAUGUUCAACUUUCAAAUACGUGCAAAAUUAAUGAGCUUAGUCGUAACAUAUGGUUGGUUUUUGACGGCUGUUUUGCUUAAUAUAUAUAUGCCGCUAGCAAAUGCCUUAGGAGUUCACGCUCCAUUCAUAUUCUACGGCUUCCUGAAUCUUGGUGGUGCAUUCUUCACAAUAUUCUACUUGACGGAAACGAAAGGCAAAACUGAAACACAAAUUCUUCAAGAUUUAAUGAGAAAAAAGACUGAUAAUGAAACAUGCAUAGAAUAAAUUAUAUUUAUUUUCCAGUGUUUUAUUAUUAAUGCUCCAUUAUUUACAC